AUGGUGCGCGUCAAGUGUGCACGUAGUCCCCCUCUUGUGCGCCUCAAGCGUUCCAUGGCAAGUCGAAGGGAAAGCGAAGGAACAGGCGGCCUACCUUCCCGGGUUUCGGCACCAGAAAUGUACAGCAUCAUACUCCUUGCGUUAGUGGAUCACCACUAUCGGUUCAGGUACAUCAACCUGGGAAGCCCUGGGAGGUGCCACGAUGCGCAUGUGUAUGGGCGCUCCAGAUUGUGUGCUCUGGUUAAUGGUGAUCAUUUCCGUUCACCAGUGACUAUCAUUGAGGAAACCAGCGUCGCACCGAUAAUACUGUGUGGCCAGGCAUUCCCACUCACUGCAAAUUUGAUGAAGCCAUUUGCGAAUGCAUCGAAGGACACGCCCGAGGCAGCAUUCAAUUACAAUCUGUCAAAAACAAGACGCAUUGUUGAAAACGCAUUUGGACUGAAAGCACGUUUUCGAUUUAUAAUGAAGCGCAUGGAAUGCCGAAUUCCAACAGCAAAACGUGCUAUCCGUGCUGCUUGCACAUUGAACAAUAUUUGUGAAGCUCUGAAAGACAGUGUAGAGCAACAGUGGCUGCAAGAGGCACAGAUUGUCGACGGCCAGUACGGCCAGCCUUCGCACAACACGGACGUGUGCAGCAGUAGAGGUGAUCAAGUGAGGGGUGCACUAACAAAGUACAUCUGGAAGAAUGCUCCACACAGGAAAGAACACUAG